AUGCCGGACAAAAUAGAUCUCAGACGGCAAAACAGUAUAAAUUCGGAAUUUUUACAACACCAUGGUAGAUUCGAAUAUCCACCAUCACCAUCAACUCCUAAUGGAAUAAAACGUUUUCGUCGACAAGAAAGUCAAAACUAUUUUGCAGGAGAAUAUGAACCAGAACAUUAUGCUGAUGAUAAACAACAACAGCCACAAAAACUCGUUUUUUUCAAUAUGGAUCCGACAAAACUAUCCCAUAAAAUUGCUGACAUCAAUCUAGCAGAAUUGGGUCGAAAAGCUUUGUCAAUGGCUGAAGCUGAAAUGCCGGGAGUUAUGCAACUGAGAAAAGUCUUUGGUCCAAAGAAAAUUUUGAAAGGUGUUCGACUUGCUGGAUGUUUGCAUGUCACAGCACAAACCGGCGUUAUGAUCGAAACACUUCGUGAAUUGGGUGCAGAAAUUCAAUGGAGUUGUUGUAAUCCAUUAUCAACACAAGAUCAUGUGGCAGCAGCAUUAGUUAAAGCUGGUAUAUCCAUUUAUGCAUGGAAAGGUGAAACCAUGGACGAAAAAUUAUGGUGUAUAGAUCAGACAAUAUUUUUUCCUGAUGGACAACCAUUGAAUGCUAUAUUAGAUGAUGGUUGUAAUUUAACAAAAGUUAUUCAUGAAAAAUAUUCACAUUUAACGAGUGUUAUACAUGGUUGUAGUGAAGAAACAACGGCUGGUAUAACAAAAUUACGAAUAUUAUUAAGAGAUAGAAAAUUAAAAGUUCCAGUUAUUAAUGUUAAUGAUAGUGUAACAAAAUCAAAAUUUGAUAAUUACUAUGGAUGUGGUGAAAGUCUUAUUGAUGGUAUUAAACGAGCAACGGAUGUAAUGAUUGGAGGAAAAGUAGUCGUGCUUAUUGGAUAUGGUAAUGUGGGAAAAGGAUGUGCAAAAUCAUUGAGUGGUCUUGGCGCACGAAUAAUUGUUACUGAAAUCGAUCCAAUUUGUGCUUUACAAGCUGCAAUGGACGGCUAUCAAGUGACAACGAUGGCUGAAGCACGUAAACUUGGUCAAAUAUUUGUCACAGCCACAGGUUCAACUGGAUUGAUUCGUGGUGAACAUAUUUUAGAAAUGCGUGAUAUGGCUAUUUUAUGUAAUAUUGGUUCGGGUCAAACGGAAAUUGAUGUUGUAUGGUUAAAAGAAAAUGCAGUUAAAAUUGAAAAUGUUAAACCACAAGUUGAUAUUUAUCAUCUUUCGAAUGGUCGUGCAAUUAUUUUACCUGCUGAUGGUCGUGUUAUCAAUCUAUCUUGUGCUCAUGGCAAUCCUAGUCUAGUUAUGAGCAAUUCAUUUUCAAAUCAAAUCUUAGCACAAAUUGAAUUAUUUACAAAACGAGGAGAAUAUUCAAUUGGAAUUCAUACUCUUCCAAAAACGUUGGAUGAACAGGUGGCCAUGGCACAUUUGGAAUAUUUAGGUGUUAAAUUGGAAAAAAUAACAGAAGCACAAUCAGUGUAUACCGAUACAGAUUCCGAUGAUUCAUCUGGAAUAGCUUUAACAACACAAUCAACAUCUCUAAUAGAAACCUCUACAUCUACUAAUCAAACAUCUUUUAUUCCUUCAUUUCAAACAAAACGUUUGCCUAUUAAUCCUGAUGCUGUUGCACCUGAUGGUUCAUUAGUUCGUACUUUAUUAACAACAAUUGGUGGUAGUAUGGCACAAUUUGAGCUUCCUCCUCGAAUGACAUCACAUGCUGUUGAACAUCGAACUGUUUAUGAAAUAUGGUAUUUUCUAUCUGGUCAAGGUGAAUUUUGGCGUAAGCAAAAUGAAAGAGAAGAAAUUGUAAUAGUAGACGCUGAUAUAUGUAUUACCAUACCAGUUGGUACACAAUUUCAAUUUCGUACUAUUGGACAAAAAUCUCUUGUCGCAGUGGCAAUUACCAUGCCACCAUGGUCAGGAGAUAGUGAAGUUAUACCUAGAGAAGGUAUUUGGAAUGCAAGUUCGAUUAAUAUUGAAAACUCAUCAACGAAAUUACGUCAUUCGAUUUAUCUAUUUAUGAUUGUUGUCACCUUUCUCAUAGUAAAGAUGUUCUAA